AUGGCAGCCGCAGAAGAAGAAAGCGCUGCACCUGAAAUCCGCUUCAAGCGCCGCAAGAUUGCCCACCCGAGACGCAGAUAUAGCACUCAAGACAUCGGCGACGAUGACCCGCCCGCUACCACGACCUUGAGCUCGCUUGCCGACGGUGCAAACGAUGCGCCCGCCUCUGUUGUCGCCGGGGAAGCAACACAGGCAGUACCUACUCGGGAAGAAGAAGAUGAAUCCGUGCCCAAUCUCAAGGCGAUUCUGCGUCAGCGCAGGAGGCGCCAGGACCACCUGAAGGAAGCCGCGCGCCGGGCUGAAGAGAAGGCCGCCGUGCUUCGUAACGGUACUGCGCUCGUUGUUGCCGACACGAACAACGCGAGCGCGCAGACGGAUCUAUACGGCGGGAGGUUUGUGGCGCAGACGGGGCAAUUUGUGGGCCGUGAUGAUAAGGAUAUGGCAUUGUAUGUAGAAGCGAAACUAGCUGAGCAAAGCUACCGUCAAUACGGCUGGCCUAUUCCAAAACACCUCGAAGCUGCGGUUGCGAGGUUUGCGCCGGGUCUCACGGCUAGCGCUGGCGACACGGUUGAUGCAGGACCAGAUAAGCACCGAGAGAAACAGGAGAACCCGACUACCGCGCUCAAUGCGCCCGCUCAAGGCAAACCGGUUCCGGAAGUGGGAGCGACACCAGACCGAGAUUUCCGCAUCUCAGCGGGGUCAGGCAAGCUCCAGGAAAUCGACCUGGGACCCGAAGCCGCAGCCAGGAACCUCCAACGCAUCGAGGAAGCACGAAGGAAGAUGGAGAGAAAGGCUGACGCCACGGCAGAUGACACGGACAGGGACGGAAAGAAACCGGGUAAACGGGGAAGGAGGCCGCAGAAGAGGAGGAACAGCGAGGACCUGCGCAGAGAUGCUCUUGUGGAAGCGGUCUUGCGGGAAGCAAAGUUGGACUAUUUCGAUUCUCCCGCUCCUCCGUCACCACCACGCAUCACAGGCACGGCAGGCACCGAGCCCCCUCUGAGCGCCGACGACGCCCUCUACGAAUCCUUCCGCCGAGAGUUUGAGUCCCAGGAGCAAGCACGCAACACCUACCAGCGGAAACCCCCGGCCUCAGCCUCCCAGGCGAACGCCAAAGGCACUGGAGUCAAGGAUCUCUCCAAAGGACCGAAGUUGGGCGGGUCCAGGAGCGCCCGCGCGGCUAUGCACGCAGCAGAGAAAGAGGCGAAGUUGAAUAAGAGGUAG